AUGUCUGAUCGAUACAGCCAUUACAACCAGCCCCAAUUUAACUCCAAUCCCUCCAGUGGUCCUUACGGUGUCCAAUCUAGUCCUAUGCCAUACAAUGACUAUUACCAAAACAGGCUGUGCAUGCAGUCCGGACGUAAGUUGGGGAUCUUUUGGGCUACCACUUUAUGAAUACUAGCCUCCACUUUAUGAAUAUUGUUGAUACCGCGAAGAAUAUUUUGUGCAUAGGGUUGUCAUAUUUUCGUGCUAUUUUUAAGCCUUGUAUGAUCUUGUAGUUCUUUGAACAGUGUUUGUCAGGGGUGGUCAGCAGACCCUAUUUUUCCGAUUUUCGGCCCGCGGCCCGGCCCGUCUAAUCACCGGCCCGGCCCGGCCCGUCUAGUCUUUUUCCAGGCCCGGCCCGGCCCGUGACGGGCCUGGCCCGGCCCGGCCCGGCCCGUGCAGGCCCGUCUAUAGAGGGUUCUGCGAACUGCGCCCAGGCUCGGGAUCUAAACUGAGGCAAAAAAGGCGUUGAUCUAGCUAGUAAAGGAUCAAUGUGAUAGUUUUGUGGUUCUAUAAUGGAACUAUAGACUUGUAAACGUGUUAGAACUUGAGAAACAGCAACUAUAACAACAUCAAUUAAUUUUCCCGGCGCGAAAACAAUGAAUGCCAACGGUUUGGCAUUGUAUUUUAGACGGGCCGGGCCGGGCCGGAAAAACCCCAGGCCCGCGGCCCGGCCCGGCCCGUGACGGGCCCGGCCCGUUUGUCAAUUUCCAUUUUUGAGGCCGGCCGGCCCGCCGACCACCCCUGGUGUUUGUAAAUAUAGAGGAAGACUUGACCCGUCGACUGUUCGGGUCAUGUCUCUCCCCACGUGCCGCUUUUUUCUCUUUCCAUGACGGCUACGGCCGGCUGUCUGUAUGGUCUCCUCGGGCACAACUCGUUUUUGGGGGUUUUCUUAUUUUUUUCACUACUUACAAUUCAUGAUUUUAGCUGUCCUUGCCCAAUCGAUGAUCAACAAUUAUUCCACUGGUGUGAUGAAUCCCGGGCCUCGGCGUCUGAAUCCGAAUGCUGCGGAGUUUCAUCCGCGGCGAGAUAUCACUCGAACUGCGCCUCAAUACAGCCAACCUCAGUAUGGCGGAUAUCAUAACUACGCGUCGUACAUGAAUGUAAGAUUGGGAUGUUAUACUAUAAUAGUUUGGUUCUGACGCGCACUCCCGACCUGAUCUCCUGUUUCUCUUUGCUCAGUGCAGCGAAGGAAUUGAGUGAGGUCAGAACGGGGGGCGCUUUCCAAAAUUCUCUUUUUAAUUCUAAAAUUUUCAGCCGCCGGAGUCCUCUUCCAACGCUUUUGUCAACGCUGACCGCACUCAAGUCAAUCCCCAGGUUCGGCGGUUCGAAAACAAUUCGGUUGCAGUUGUGAAUUAUAACAAUCAGCCCGUCUAUAACUACAACACGCAAGCCGUGAGUUUUCUUUUAUAAAUUUCUCAAUUAUUGUUUUUAGAACCUUCAAACUAGUCUAAAUUCAAGCUACUACCUUCAAAACGGAGUCCAAAACGGUCAAAUGUCCGCUCAGCAACAGCAGCCAGUCCAGGAGAGCAUAAGCCAAUAUCCUUUGAGUAACGAAUUACUAGAGAGAAUCCAGGGUUCGCGGAAUCGGAAAGCCAUUGUUGAAGUAAGUUAACAAAAUCAACUCUAUUUUCAAUUUAGGUACAAAUUGGACUUGAACAACUAGUGACUGACCCAUCCGAAUAUGAAGUUUGGAGUUAUGCCGUUCGUCAUCGUAUAAGCAACCAUUUCCCUUCAUCGGAUAUAGAAUUGAUAGCGUCCGUUAUUGUGGAAAUGGCUUGUUUAUGUCCAAACUCCCAAUAUAAUUUCUCAAGGCUGUGUAAAGCCCUUGAUGGUGAUCUCCCAAACUUUACUUCGCAGAUGAUCAUUCCGAAGAUCACCCAAACGAUGACUGCGGGGUUGACUUCUCUGAAUGCAGAUCAAGUCGGGUUUCUUUCCAUUUUCUUAGCUGAACUCUACGACAAAACGGAAGUGAAUGGAGUCCGAGUAGCACGUUUAGGACAGUAUCUAAUCGACUUGAUACGCAUCCUUUUGGAAUUCGACCCUAUAACUGACUCCAUUGUAAAGAGUGCAGUUCAAGUCCUGAAGUUGACCGGUCGAUACAUUGAAGAAGACCAGGACCCGGCGGUCUUGAACGAAAUUUUCGAUAAACUCGAUUUCAUCAGCCGAAAUUCAAGGUCAAUCAGCGAGUCAGCGAAACAUAACAUACGACAAUUGAAGUCGUUGAGGGAGAAACAAUGGGGUGUUCAAGCUGACUUCGUAAGUUCGUUUUGUGUAAUAAGUAAUCAGGUUUAAUUGACCCGUCUCGUUUUUUAUUACAAUUCAAGCAAUUUCAGGAUGGAUAUGGAGAACCUGCGCCACCACCUGAGAACGACGUCACAAUGUAUGGACCUGAUGGACAGCCGAUCAGCGAAGAAGAAUGGGCCUUCUUAGAAGAGAAUUGCCAAGACCACGAAUCUGAUAGUCAAGAUGCCGUCUUCUACGAGCAAUUCCUUCGGGAUCAGACUGAAAUAACCGCCAUCUCUGCUGCGGAAAAAGCCUUGGAAAAGGUGACUCUGGAUGACACUUUCGGAUCAAACCGGUGA